AUGGUGGCAAAGAAGAAGAAAAUUGCAGCUUCAAAACCGGGAGCACCCCCGGCAUCAUCACCCGUAACGGGAAAGAAGAAGACGAUUCACGCGACGACGACGACGACGACGGGGGAUGAUCAUCGCGCGCAUCGCGCUCAAGAACAACAGCAGAAGGAGCAGAAGCAGCAGCAGCAACCGCCACAACAACAACAACAACAACAAAGAGUCUCUCGUUUAGGCAAAGCGGUCCAAGAUGCGGCGACGAUAAAAAAGAAGCCCAAGAACAAGGGGCAACACCAACACCAAGCUAAAAAAAAAUCGACUGUAAUUCCGAUGAUGAAUCGAAUGGAUUCUCGAGUGGACCCGUCUCGCAUGGGAAAGAAUCGGAGCCGAGAAGGGACGUCGGAACGGUUGACGCCUCGAACGCAAAGUCAGAGUCAGCAGAGAAUGCCGGCGCCGAGAAGACCGGGGGGGAUCGACGCGUCGAUGUUGUCUUCGCCGCACCGGGUGACGAGUCCGGAACGCGCGGCGGCGGGGAGAAUGCAGUCGCCGGCGGUGGCCGCGCAGAGAGAGAAGGAGUUGCGAGCGCAGAUGCAGCAGAAGCGCGAGAGAGAGGAGCGGGAGAAACGGGCGAUGCAGCAGCAGCAACAGCAGAGGGAGAAAGCAGAGCAAGAGAAGCAAAAGAAGUUGCAAAGAGAGAGAGAGGCGCAGAUGCAAAGGCAACGCGAACAGCAACAACAACGCGAACAGCAACAGCGACAACAACGCGAACAGCAACAGCGACAACAACAAUUGUUGUUACAGCAGCAGCAGCAGCAACAACAACAACAACAGCAACAACAACAGCAACAGCCCGCACAGCAACAGGAAAGACGCGUGCCGCGACAACCGCUCCCGCGAACGAGAGCGCCGCCGGCUCCUGUACCCAGCAAAGCGGUGCCACGACAACCAGUGGGGAGAGUUGGUGUCUCGGUACCGCCGCCCGAACCUCCGCAACAAGCGGCACAGCCGAGAUUGGUAGAUAACGUAGUUUUUAGCGAACCUCAACCGACUUCGAUACGAGAUAUAAUGGUGAGGAAAGCGAGAGAUGAACGAAAAGCAGAAAUGCACGCGAGGAAAGAGAAACGAAGACGUGAUCAGUUGUUGACGCUCCCGUCGGGUUUGAUGUUCGGCGACGGCGUUGGAUCGUUGGAGGAUGGUGAAAACCAGCCCCAGGCGACUGGCGGGACACCAACCUUAGUGCACUUUGCAGAAGAUGCAAACAAAGAUCAAAACGGAACCAAAGAAACGCCAGCUGCGGAGAACGGACGAAGAACGCGUCUGAGAUCUUCUUCGCUCGGAGCGGCGGCUGGUGAGAAACCGAGUGCGACUGCUGCACCGUCGGCAAAAGCUCCGAACGUGAAAACGACUGGCGCCGCGGGGCUUUUAAAAUCCGCGCUAAAAAAGGUCUCCCAAGUUGCAAACGCCUUAGCCUUGGCGAACGCGCCCACCGCUGCCGCGCAGCAACAACAAGCACAAAAUGUGCACACGCCGAGAGUAAAGCUUGGGCCAAAUGGUCAAAUAGUAGCCGACCAAGCGACGCUCACAGUGCAAGCCUCGCACGAAAAUCGAAUAAGUGAGAGCGAGUUUACGCGAAAAACAGGAGACAAAAUGAUGAUUAAUUCGCAGACGUAUGGGAAUCGGUCAAAACCGACAAAGUGGACGAGGCAAGAGACGGAGUUGUUUUACAAAGCCAUGGAGCAAUUCGGUACUGAUUUCACUCUCAUUCAAAGAUUGUUUCCUUCUCGAACGAGAAGGCAAGUAAAGGCGAAAUAUUUGAAGGAGCAAAACAACAACGACGAUCGCAUAGAGUCUUGCAUGAACAACAUGGCCAGAAAUAACGAGACGUAUCAAAACUUGAUCGACGUGUUACAAUCGGAUACGAAUAAUCGAGUUGAGGUUGCUGCGGGGAAAGGCGUCGAUAGGAUCAUUCCUGGGGCGAACAACGUCGCCGCUCAAGUGUUGCACGGCGACGCGCCCAUGCAAGAGAACGUGCAGAAUACUGUUCCUCAAGCCUCCAUCUCCGCCGCUACUCCUGCUGCGCAUUGA